AUGAGCCUAACGCCAUUCUCCUCGAAUCGGCUAGCAGUGAGCCAUGAUCCACCUCAAACAUCACAUUCUCUGGACGGAGACACUCUUCGCCCUCGCGCCGAUUCCACCGUCUCUUCAAGCAGUGCAGCAACAGUCGCCAACUCAGAAGCGCCGUCCAGGUUUGAAACAGCCAAGGGCAAAGCUUUCGCCACCGACCUCUCAGAUAUCGACGAUGUACCGCUCUCAGAAGCCCUCAAUCCAGAUCCUCAAAAUGUCCAGGACUUCGAAGUACCAGACAACAGGUUCCCCUUUUCACCGGGGCAACUGAACAAGAUGCUGAACCCAAAGUCUCUGGCAGCUUACCAUGCACUUGGAGGCGUGUCUGGCUUGGGAAAGGCUCUGCGAACUGAUUUGAAGUCAGGGUUGUCUGGGGAUGAGAGGCGAUUAGAAGGCAAGCUUGAGUACAACACUCGGACCUUGUCGUUGGACUAUAUCGAAACACCUAGCAGCGCGGAAAACAUAGAUACACCCUUCUAUGAUCGGAUACGGAUAUUCAGUCAGAAUCGGCUGCCGGCACGAAAGACAACUGGCUUUCUGAAGCUGUUGUGGAUGGCGUAUAAUGAUAAAAUCAUUAUCUUACUGACCAUUGCCGCCAUUAUAUCUCUGUCUCUUGGUAUCUAUGAGACGGUCGACGAGGGACAUGGCGUGGAUUGGAUUGAGGGAGUUGCCAUUGUCGUUGCUAUCGCCAUUGUUACCCUUGUUACGGCUUUAAAUGAUUGGCAAAAAGAGCGCCAGUUUGCGAAACUAAACAAGAGGAAUAAUGACCGCGAAGUGAAAGCUGUUCGUUCCGGAAAGGUGGUGAUGAUCUCGAUCUUUGAUAUCACCGUAGGUGAUGUCCUUCAUCUUGAACCUGGUGACUCUGUCCCAGCGGACGGUGUUCUCAUUUCUGGACAUGGCAUUAAAUGUGAUGAAUCAUCUGCUACUGGAGAAUCGGACCAGAUGAAGAAAACGGAUGGUUUUGAGGUGUCUCGCCAGAUCGCAGAUGGCACGGCUACCAAGAAGCUCGACCCGUUCAUGAUCUCCGGCAGCAAAGUCCUUGAGGGAGUUGGCACAUAUCUUGUGACCAGCGUUGGAAAGUUCUCCAGCUACGGACGAAUCUUGAUGUCGCUACAAGAAUCGAAUGACCCCACUCCCCUUCAAGUUAAACUUGGAAGACUUGCAAAUUGGAUUGGAUGGCUUGGUUCGAGUGCCGCUAUUAUCCUAUUCUUUGCCCUACUCUUUCGCUUCCUUGCCAACCUGUCUGAUAAUACAGGCAGUUCGGCCGCCAAAGGUAAAGAGUUCGUUGACAUUCUUAUCGUCGCUGUAACAGUGAUUGUUGUUGCCAUUCCUGAGGGCCUUCCGCUGGCUGUUACGUUGGCUCUCGCCUUUGCCACAACACGUAUGGUCAAAGAGAAUAACCUGGUCCGUGUUCUACGGGCGUGUGAGACUAUGGGCAAUGCAACUGUUAUUUGCUCUGAUAAGACGGGCACCUUGACCCAGAAUAAGAUGACCGUGGUUGCUGGAACCCUGGGUUCCCGAGGCUUUACCCAUGACCAUGGGGAAGAGCCCACUUCCACCUCGGCUUUAGAACUCUUCAAGACCUGUCCUAACGAAGCCCGCGACCUCCUUGUGAAGAGCAUUGCUCUCAACUCAACAGCGUUUGAGGAAGAAAAGGACGGGGCUAAAGAGUUCAUUGGCAGCAAGACUGAAGUGGCACUCUUGCAGUUGGCUCGAGAGUACCUGGGAAUGGACGUGACCACUGAGCGUGCAUCUGCAACCAUUGUCCAGCUGGUUCCCUUUGACUCAGCUCGCAAGUGCAUGGGCGUUGUUUACCAUGUCGCUGAAGGGCAAUACCGCCUUCUUGUCAAAGGCGCUGCUGAGAUAAUGGUCGAGAAAUGUUCAACUAGAGUGGACACCGACUCAGACACCCUGCGCAUCGCUACGGCCAAUGCUCAAGAUAAACAGCAGGUUCUCAACACAAUUGAGACAUAUGCCAGGCGAAGUCUGCGCACGAUUGGGCUAGUCUACAAGGACUUUUCUACUCCUAGCUGGCCGCCCGCUGGUGCUGCGCGCAUACAGGAUGAUCCCGAAUCCGCAGACUUUGGCAGCAUCUUCCAGAACAUGACAUGGCUUGGGGUCAUGGGUAUCCAAGACCCCCUUCGUCCUGAAGUCCCUGCUGCUAUUCAAAAGUGCCAUAGUGCUGGUGUCCAGGUCAAGAUGGUGACUGGUGACAAUAUCAGCACAGCUACUGCAAUUGCCGAGUCCUGUGGCAUCAAGACCAGCAAUGGGAUUGUCAUGGAAGGCCCCAAGUUCCGUCAGCUUUCCGAGGAAGAGAUGGAUAGGAUUAUUCCAGACCUGGAAGUCCUUGCCCGCUCGUCUCCUGAAGAUAAGCGCAUACUGGUCGCUCGGCUAAAGAAGCUGGGCGAAACGGUAGCAGUGACUGGUGAUGGAACCAAUGAUGGACCGGCCUUGAAGACCGCUGAUGUGGGCUUCUCAAUGGGUAUUGCUGGCACCGAGGUUGCAAAGGAGGCUAGUUCUAUCAUCCUUCUUGACGACAACUUCAAGUCAAUUGUGACAGCGAUCGCCUGGGGACGCGCGGUUAAUGAUGCCGUUGCCAAGUUCCUCCAGUUCCAAAUCACUGUCAACAUCACUGCCGUCGUUCUCACAUUUGUUUCUUCCCUCUACAGCUCCGACAAUCAAAGUGUGCUCACUGCUGUGCAGCUCCUCUGGGUGAACCUGAUUAUGGACACCUUUGCUGCACUCGCAUUGGCAACCGAUGCACCUACUGAGAAGAUCCUCAACCGGAAGCCUGUUCCCAAGAGUGCUUCGCUGUUUACUGUGACAAUGUGGAAGAUGAUCUUCGGUCAAGCCAUCUACCAACUCGCCAUCACUUUUAUGCUUUUCUUUGCCGGCGACCGCAUCUUGGCAGGCCACCUCGAUGCCAGGCCAGAUGUCGCCCAGGAACAGCUCAACACUAUUGUCUUCAACACUUUUGUCUGGAUGCAGAUAUUCAACGAAUUCAACAACCGUCGACUUGACAAUAAGCUCAACAUCUUCGAAGGCAUGCACCGCAACCUUUGGUUCAUUGGCAUCAACUGCAUCAUGGUCGGCGGCCAAGUCCUGAUAAUUUACGUCGGUGGCGCGGCCUUUAGCGUCAGGGAGAUCACUGCUAUGCAGUGGGGUGUCUGUAUUGCCUUGGCCAUCGGAAGUCUGCCUUGGGCAGUGGCUCUUCGCCUGAUUCCUGACAAGCCAGUUGGGAUCAUCCUCGACGCUGUUGCCACCGCUAUUGGAUUCGUCGUGAAGCCAGUUGGCCGUGUCUUUGCGGCAAUCGGAAGACUCAUCAAGCGACUGAAGCGCCGACGCAACAACAAGGGCAAGGAUGCUGAAGAAUCUGAGGCAAAGUCCCUGGACGAAUACAGCAGCGAAGAGCGCAUCUCCGACGAGGAACAGCGACCUGGUGUGCCCCAAGUUAUGAUUACGACCCCCGACGACGCCUCUGGCAGAUGA